CGCUUGGUCAAUAUAGUUUCACUUAGACGAUACUUAGAAAUAAUCAUGCCUACCUACAGAUAUAUCUAUUUUGAUUUAAGAGGAAGGGGAGAAAUAGUUCGUCUUUGUUUCCACGCGGCUGGUGUGAAAUUUGAAGAUGUAAGAAUAGAACAUUCUGCAUGGCCUGGAAAAUGUCGUGACGCUUCACCAUUUGGUCAGCUCCCGUACUUGGAGAUAGACGGAAAGAAAUUUCCCCAAUCAUUAGCCAUAUCUCAAUAUAUCGCCAGGGAACAUGGCUUGUAUGGUAAUAAUUCAUUGGAGAAUUUAUCUAUUGAUGGUGUUGUAGGAUUAACAAUAGAUUACUUCAAUCUAUGGGCUAAGGCGAACUUUGAAAAGGAUGCAAACAGAAAGACAGAGUUACAAACCAAGUUGAACAGUGAAGAUUUACCAACAUUUCUUCAACAACUUGAAAAGCUCUUAACUGAAAAUAAAACAGGAUACUUUGUCGGGAAGAAGUUGACAUUAGCAGAUCUUGCAGUUUAUUCUACCCUUGAAAACUCCUUCCGAGAUUUUCCGGACGUGUACACCAAAUAUCCUCAAGUGGUUGGAAAUCGCAAGAAAGUUGGGUCUCAGCCACAGCUUACCGCCUACUUAUCUUCAAGAAAACCAACGAAUAUAUGAAAUAACGAAAACGAAUAAAAGAUUCGUUCAUUCUUAUGUUAAGCUAUGUUGAUCAUUUUAGUUAGGGUAGCUUUUUCGAUAGGGUAUAUUUAAGCUAUGGUGAUCAUUUUAGUUAGGGUAGCUUUUUCGCUAGGGCAGUUAGGCCCCAGUGUUGUGAAGACGAGGUGUGCUUAUUAUUGUUUAAAUUCUGAAAAUGGCCAGGAGUUCACCACAGUGAUACAUAAUAUGAAUGGUGUCGUGUACGGGGUAGUUAGUGUUUACCCUCUCCAAAACGCCAUGUUCGACAUUUUGUUGCAUCCGUCUAGCAGAUUUUUAUUUUGGUUAAUCACUAGAAUCCAUAAUACAUGAUUUCUUUUUUUUUGUGUC